AUCCGAUUUUGAUUAAGGCCAUUUACUCACGCUGUGUGGCUCGAUCCGGCUGCAGAAUUUGCACAGAGCAACGACAUAGGUAGCUCCAUCAACGGCGUCGGCGAAUCCAGCCGUGUUUGCCCACAGCCUCACAAAGACUGCCGGAGAGCAUAUUUGUAUUUCGAGCAAUGCGACGCGCAGCUGUCCUGUUGGGGGCAAUCCUGCCGGUGGGCAGCGCGCUGCGAGUCGCAAGGCCAGCACCUCAGGCCGUCGACCGCCGCGCCUUCGCCGCCGCGCUCACAACAUUAAUACCGGGAGUAGCAAACGCAGCGCUGGCACGCGACGCGCCGCCGCCGCCGGGCAUCCUCGAGAAUAGGGACCGCGGCCUGAACGAGAAGGCUUUGAUCGCGAACGAUUUCUACUUCGUGACUGGACGGAAGCCGCCGCGCGUCCUCGACGUCCAAAACUUACCGCGUGACGAUCCGAAAUGGAACGCCUGGGGCGAGUGCGCAUCCGGUUCUGACGGGUCGAACGCGUGCACGUACAUUCCCCUGAAGCAGCGGUACGACGCCUACUCGAAGCACGGUUUAACGGUGCGAGCCGCCUCCGAGGACCUGGCCGACCUCGGCCAGGCCCUGCGGAAGAAAGAUCUGAACACGGCUUCAUUCUUGCUCGACAGCGGCGAGAAGGGCAAGGCGCCUUCCUCGUUACGCCAGGCGUCGCGCAAGGCCCUGUUGUUGGCCGACGGGCUGCUUAUCUCCGCGAACAGCGGCAGCCUCGGCCGCGAGGUCCUCGUGGCGAGGUACUACAUCAACGAGUUCCACUACGCGACGGAGCGCAUCGCCGAUAUGCUAUCGGCGGACGACGUCGACUGGGCGGCCGCGGCGGAGUUGUGGCGCCUCGGCGCGGACUCGUACAACUCCUUCUUCGUCUGCGUCAACAAGGCGAUUGUUCCGAAGGUCGGAGAGAAGUUUCUGGCGGUGCGGGUAUAGCUAAUUCAUCAAAAUGCUAGCGGCAUGUAAGACACUAGGC